AUGAGAUUCUCGAACGGCGUCACUGCGGCGCUGGCUUCCCUUUCGGUAAAAGCCAGCUCCGUCCGGCUUCCGUAUGUCAAGAGGGCGGACAAUGUAACCGCUGGUGUUCCGCCGCCACCCGGUACUUAUGUUCCCGUCCCAACAUUCUUCUCGACCAACUCAACCUGCUCGAAGAAUGGCGCCUCAUCCUACCCUUUAGACCUCGAGACUCAAACUGCGUAUUCUGUGUAUCUAGCAGACGCAGGUAUUGCUGGCUUCGCCAUCUUCGGCAGCACUGGUGAGCCCAUUCAUGUCACGCGAAGUGAACGUAACGAGGUCAUCUCCGCUACGCGAAAGGCUCUCGAUGCAGCAGGCCAUGCGAACUACCCUAUUAUCGCGGGCGUUGUGUCGCAGCAGUUCGAGGAAGCAAUCGAGCAGUUAAAUGAGGCGAAGCGCGCUGGAGCGCAAUGGGGCGUUUGUCUCGUUCCAGGAUACUUUGCUGUCGCUACAUCGCAGCAGGGAAUUAUUGACUGGUUCACGGCUAUCGCGGAUAAGAGCCCCAUGCCUAUUCUCAUUUACGAUUAUCCCGUCGUCACCAACAACAUCAAGGUCCAGCCAUCAACAUACGAAGCGCUCGCCAAACACCCUAAUAUUGUUGGCGCCAAGAUCGCCACCACCGAUAUUUCGUGGCACUCGCAGAUAUCUUCCAAUCCCAACAUCGACUACAUGCAUUUCCAUCCCUACACCGGUCUCGGCCAACAGAUGCUGGCUGCCGUGACUCUCGGUGCUUUCGGUGCCCUUGACGUUGUUGGCACUGCCUUCCCGAAGUCGAUGGUGCAUCUGUACAAACUGAGUUCUCUCGAGCAGCCAACCCCGGAACAAAGGAAAGAGGCUCGAGAUCUUCAAUGGAAAGUUGCAACUAUGGGCGAGUUCUACAAUUCCUGCAUACGUACUUACAUACCUGCUUUAGAUAAUGUUGUGGGGAUAAAGGAGGCCGUUCAUCGCGUGCGAGGCUUUGGUGACCGCAAUGGAGUGCGGCUGCCACUGCGAAAUACCAUUACUGAUGAGCAGUGGGAUGCAUUUAGUGAUAUUGUCAAGAUCAUGAUAGAGACGGAAGACAGCCUAUAA